AUGGAUCGCGCGAGAUACAUUAAUUCCCAAUGGUCCGCGCUAAAGGCGCAGCUCACGAGCUUAGAAAGACUAGUCGAGGCAGGCAAUGUGAGUGAAUCAAAUUUAAAGAGACGCUUGCAAUGCGUAACUGAUCUCCUCUACGCGUACGAGGAUUUACACUGCGAAUUAGAAGCAAUAGAACCGGGCAAACGCACCGACGAAGUUGGUUUGGAAGACAUUCAAGAUCGGUACUACGCGGUCGCGAGCGCAAUAGAUAAGACGUCAUCUGAAACGGCCGCAGACAACUUAAAUACAGCUUCGAUUCCGGUUGACAAUAAUACAAAACGCGUUAAACUUCUGGUUUCUGAGCUACCAAAAUUUGAUGGUAACAUCGAAGGGUGGUUGUCAUUCAAAAAUACCUUCUUAACAAUGAUUGAUUCACGCGACGACAUUACCGAUUUAGAGAAAUUUCUAUACUUGAAGGAUUCGCUGCGCGACGCGGCUUUAAACAAAAUUUCCAUUUUCGACGCACGCGACGAAAAUUAUAAGGCCGCGUGGCAAUUGCUUAUCGCGUCGUACGAAAGGCGAAUUUUCGUGACAAAACAUCUCGACGCGAUUAUUGAUAUAUUGUAUAACGGGUGCAAGAGAAAUUCAUCAAACACGGACGAGUCGUCAUCGCGAAAUAAGAUCAUUGCGCAAGACAUAACAAAAUUAUCAGACACUGUUCGGCACCACAUUACGAUGCUCCAAUCAUUGAACAUCGAAGUCAACGAACAUAUGGUCGUUCGAAUAAUGGAACGGGCGUUACCGUCGGAUGUCCGCGCGGAUUGGGAAAAAACGUUGAACUUACAAGACAUGCCAACGCUCGAACAAAUGUACGAAUUCAUAUCAGAUACCGCGUUCCGAAUGGACGCGCUCGAAACGGACGACUCAUUUACCGAGAAGAGUAACAAAAGACCGCAUCCAAAGGGGAGCCUUCCCGCUACUAAGGCACGCAAAGAUGAACGAGGAGCACGCGCAUUCGUCACGGCUUCGUCGUCUAAGUGCGUAGCGUGCAAAGGGGAUGAUCAUCCUCUCUAUCGAUGUCCCGAAUUCAAUAAAUUACCGGUGACGCGUAGGUGGGACGUUGUGAAAAGAUCCAGGAUUUGUAAAAAUUGCCUCAACCCGCACAACGGCGAGUGUAAAAAAUCGCACUGCAAAUUCUGCAUUAAAUUCCACAACUCGUUAUUGCAUUAUCAAUCGGUUAAGGCGUCCUCGGCGACGCAGGUAACAACUAGAUGCGAGCCCGUGAAACCUACCACGCCAAAUACCCAAAAUUCAGCCGUUGCUCUUAACGCGAUUCCUUACAAUCCACAAUCACAAUUAUCAAUGAGCGCAGUCGUUCGAGUAAGAACCGCUCAUGGCGAUUUCAUUCAAUGUCGAGCGCUGUUAGGUACCUGCGCAACGGCGAAUUUUGUCACAGAAAAAUUUGUCCGAGCAUUAAAAUUACCCAUAUCUCCGUGUGAAAUUUCGAUCGGGGUGAUCGACGACAUGAAUACCGCAUCAAAUGGCGUCGUUGAGUUUUCCUUUCAUUCGAUCCAUAAUGAUUUCCACAAAAAUCUUUCAUUUCUCGUGGUGCCUGAAAUUGCUGAGAGAAUUCCGAGUUGCCCGUUCCCGCGCCACGCGAUUAAAUUACCAGCUAAUUUAAAAUUAGCCGACCCACAAUUCCACGUACCGCGGCCGGUCGACAUAAUCAUUGGUUCCGGGUCCACUUUAUCGCUCUUAUCAAUUGGACAAAUCGACUUAUCACAGAAUAAUUGCGACCUCGUUUUACGAGAGACUCAGCUCGGUUGGGUCAUCGUCGGCGGAGUAGCUCCCACUGACGGAACGGCUAAAUUCUGGCUGAUCGAAGAUACAACCGCCAAAAAAUCUGAGUCGUCAGAAAACGUGGAGAACGAACUUCGUAGGCGCAAAGAACCAACUCCGCGAGUGCAAGGCAACGUCGUUAUUCUCAUGGAUAAAAAUUUACCAUGUACAUACGCAGUGGCAGCUGGGGCGAAUAGUGGAGACACAUCCAGGAGACGACGGCGUGGUCAGGGUGGCAACGAUCGAGACAUCGCAUGGAUUGAUCAAGCGCAACGCAAAGACAAUUUGUCCGCUUCCGGACGUAACGUGAACGCAUCACGAUACAUGUGGCCGCCAAGCGAGACAACAUCGGUUGCAUAUUCGCGAGUCACCAAGCGAGCGAAAUACACAUUUAAGAUAACUUAA